AUGCUGUAUGAGAUGAUUGGAGUGGUACGGCCCGGCCGCCUCUCCGAAGUAAAAGAAAUCGCCAAGACCGCUGGCCGAAUCGUUCUCGAGCAAAACGGCGUUGUGCGCGGUGUGUCCAACUGGGGCACUUUCCUUCUCCCUAAGCCAGCGAAGAAACUGCAAUCGACCCACCACUACGGUCACCACUUCAUCAUGCGCUUCGACUCGAGCGCCCGCACACAGCAUUCUCUGCGAAAGACAAUGUCGCUCGACCCCCGCUUGAUUCGAUACUCGAUCGUCAAGAUGGGUACGAAGUUUGAGGAGAUCAAGGACAUCACAGGAAAGGCCGAGUUCAGGUAG